CAAACCUUUCAAGUAUACUACUACAGCUCUACAACGUUUACUUCUUGUGAAUAACAUUCUAUGGGUUAGUGAAGGGAAAUUAUAUUCAGUGUUAUUACCUUUGACGUGUUUACCUGUUUUAAUAAUAACCACAGUAUAAACAAAACAAAAAACAUGGCGAAUAAUCAGUGUUUAAUUAUUGGUUUUAUUUAUAUUUCAAUAAUAACAUACGCUAAUUGUUCACCACCAUACGUGUAUUCUCCAUUAUCCGGAAUUGGUAAUAGAUUUAAUAGAGAAUUAGAUAAUAUUAUUGCACACAAAUCUUUAAAGCAUGCUGCACACUUGCCAGGAAUGCCAGCACGACCAAAAGAUGUGCCAGAUUGGCCUCGAAAACAAUUAAAUGUGGGCCAAGUGAGUGGUGUAGCAGUAAAUUCCAAAAAUCAACCGGUUAUAUUUCACAGAGCUGAUCAUGUAUGGGAUGCUGAUGCAUUUGAUGGCAAUGAUAAUUAUCUACAAAGAGAAAGGGGCCCAAUAACUGAAAAUACAGUACUAGUUUUGGAUCCAGAAACUGGUGAAAUAUUACAUAGUUGGGGAGCAAACCUCUUUUAUAUGCCACAUGGAAUAACAAUCGAUUCUCAUGAUAAUUUAUGGGUAACAGAUGUUGCAUUACAUCAAGCUUUUAAAUUUAAAUUUGGUGAUUCCCAACCAUUACUGGAAUUUGGUUUCCCAUUUACACCUGGAGACAGUUUUGAACAUUUGUGCAAGCCCACAUCUAUAGCUGUUGCCACGACCGGUGAAAUUUUCAUUGCCGACGGAUAUUGUAAUCAACGAGUUUUGAAAUUUAAUGCGGCUGGUGGAUUAUUACGAAUAAUUCCAAAUCCACCUGAAAGUCUUCCAUUAAGUGUUCCACAUGGAUUAGCACUAUUUGAAAAAUUAGAUCGUAUAUGUAUCGCUGAUCGUGAACAUAGACGUGUUGUAUGCCCACGGGCUGGUCUAUAUGUAACCGAAGAAGAUAUUAUGAAUCGAGAAAUUGAUCAUAGUCCUUGGGUAAUUGAUAAACCAGUACUGGGACGAAUGUAUGAUAUUGCUCCGAUAGGUAAUUUUAUUUAUGGAGUUGGUGGUAUGAUGGAAGGAAUAGAUAAUAUUUAUGGUUAUACAAUGGAUCCAGCAACCGGCGCUGUUAUUGAUCGUUGGUACCCAACUAAUGAUAAAUUCUACAACCCCCAUGCAAUGGCUGUUAGUCCAAACAGAACUGCUUUAUAUGUUACUGAAAUAGGACCUAAUCGUCUAUGGAAAUUUGAUCUACUUAAAUAAUUUUUUUUUUAACUUUUGAUAAAUUUUCGAAUACAUUUAUCAAAAUACGUAUCUCAAUAUCAUUUUUGUCCAUAUCACAAUAUUAUAAAAUAAGUAUUACCUACCUGAGAUAUAUAAAUGUCAUAAGGUUUUGUGAAUACAGAAAUAAUAUUUCUAGAAGAUCUAAUAAGACGUUUUAUGAUAUUUAUAUAUAAAUCUGAAUGUUACCCAAUUUUAGGAAUGAUGGGAGGAAGUAGACGUAACUACUUUCUAUAAUUCCCAAUUAGUGUCGGUUAAGAUAAGGCUGUGAUAUAGUGAUGGAUAAUUUUGAGUGAAAGCAUAAGUAUUAAUCGGCAUAAUAAAAAUUGUUUAAUUGAGACAAACUUAUUAUUGAUCAUUGAUUAAGUUGAUUGUUAAUUGAAGUAGAUUUCGCACUGUACAAUCUUAUUAACUGGUGUUAACCGGAAAAUUUUAUAAUGAGAAACAUAAACUAAAUUACAGUUAAGAUGUAAAUGUUUCCACAACAGUGUAGAUUUAUCCCGUUUUAUCGCUAGUUGAUUUCGUACAGUGCGGCUAUUACUCUAAUUAUUUUUAAAUAUAUUUACACAAAUAAUUAAUCAAUGUUAAUCGAUAACAAUGAAUCAAUAAAAAAAUUACCAUAAUUCUGAAUUUCAGUAAAAUGUUAAUGUUUAAAUGUUUAAACUAAGGAGGUCCGACAAAAAAUCCUUAAAUAUAUCUAGUCAAAUUUAUAUUUAA